GAAACGUGGUCUUGUCUCAAACUCCGUGAAAUCGGAUAAGAACAAGCACACCUCAACAGCUGUCCUCACAUUAUCUUUAUUUCAAAUCAGAAACAAAUAAAUAAAUAAAACUACAGAUAAACUAAAAAGACUCAUCAUCUGCUAAGCACAAUUACAAACUCUACACACAAAAUUCUGUAUCUAUACAUCAUCAUCAACACAAUUGUCACUUGUAACCUCUCCAGGAACUUAUAAUUUGUGGAGUCGGGUGUCAAAUAUAUUGAAGUAUUUUUUGGUUGUUUUCUAUAAUGAAGUACCUGGAAUACACUGCUCUUGAUCGAAUCAAUGACUUCUUAAGUCGAGUAAACCUUGGAGAGCGAACCAUAAGAGGAUGCCUUGAAGCCUACUCUUGCAAACAUACUGGAUCAGAUAAGAAGUUAUCUUUCAGUUUGGAGAAUGAGAUUCUAGAUUAUCUUGGAAAAUCUGCUGAUAGCGACUCUUCCUCUCCAGUUGAAUAUUUGACCUGUAGAUCCAGCCGGAAGAUGUUGAUUUAUCUUGUUCUUACACUCUAUCACAUGUAUCCGGAUUAUGACUUCAGUGCUGUAAAAGCUCACCAGUUCUUCACAGAGGAAACUUGGGACAAUUUUAAGCAGGUUUUUGAAGUCUACAUGUUUGAUGCUGCCAAGGACUGGGCAGAGGAAAAUGAGGGCAGUUCUUUGCUGUCUACCUUACACAAGGCUUUAGAUGAGGUGGUGAAACUAGAAGAAUGUGAAAUCUACAGCUUCAAUCCAGAUUCUGAAGCCGAUCCAUUCCUAGAAAGUGGAGCCAUAUGGGCAUUCACAUUCUUCUUCUAUAAUAGAAAGCUUAAGCGUGUUGUUAGCUUUCGAUUUAGCUGUAUAAGCAACUUGGUAGCUGAGGGUUCUCUGUUGGAUGAUGUAUGUGACUUUGAGGAAGAUGGGGAAAUAUUUGAUGACAUGGACAUGUGAAAGGUCAAAUACUGACUAAUGUUAAUACUCUAGAGAACCCUGUAGAUUUAUUUGUGCCACCAAUCUAUGAACUGGAACAGCUGUGUUGCAAACACUUGUUGCUUCGAUAAGUUGGAACUUGUACAUGUUAAUGCUUUCAAUAGGGAAUUUCGACCAUUGACAACUGUGGGACCAUUAUAUGCUUCUGUAAUCUCAUCAGGGUUGUUUAGUAUUCUUGUUGUAUAUUUCCUAGAACCUUUCUUGAAAAAUCCAAUGUCUUUGUUUACUUUUUA